AUGAAAAUGCGACGUCAUAGAGUGUUUUUGCUUUGCACGGUUGGCCUGUGUGUCAUCUCCUUCCUGCACUACUACAAGGCCCUGCACUACGUAUCUCUGCUUAGGGAGCUUUCAGCACCCUAUCCCAACAUCAAGUCCUUUAUCAUGGUCACAGGCUUCUUUUGGAAGGAGAGGGCCACACCACUUUCCAGUGCCACCCCCGAAGAAGCUCCACCACCAGCCUUCAGACCUCCGGACUCGAAGUCCAGAGCAGGAGAAGUUGUGGGGGGUAUGGGGGGAGUGGUGGGAAGGAGUGAGGUGAAAAUAGAGAUAGCAGAAGAACCAGGAGUACCCAAACCAUGGGGAAGACCCGAAGAACCUCGGCAACGAGAAACAGACACCAGUGAGCAGAAGAAUGAGAAUUUAGUGCCCUGGAAUCCCAGUAACCCUGCUCAUCUGAAGCUAGAUAAUAUGCAGGAAAAUGUUGUUCAGAUGGAACCCCAAAGACCAUCGACAAAAGACCCCUAUGAGUUCUUAGGGGACUUGCACCUGCGGACCUACCAGCUCCAGGAUGACCGAACACCAUAUUUUGUGCGUACCAAAGCUGGAGCCUUGUGCUUUCGGCAAGGGACAGAGGUAGCACCUCCUAAGGAGGACCCUGGUCUUGGGAAGGGGUAUCCAACAGGUGCAGGGAUUGGCCACCGAAAAGUCCUUCAGCUCCAAGAGGAGUCAAAAAGUCGAAAUAAAGUUGGAAUUGAAGAGACGAGCCCUCCAAGGGCCAAACCCAAACGUGGCAAGCGACUGGUAAAGUGCGUGUGCCGACCAGGUUGGCAUGGACCAUACUGCGGUGUUCCCACGAUGGUGUACCACUCAAACCUGCCCACUAAGGAGCGUCUGACACCACGAGAGGUUCCACGCAGAGUCAUCAAUGCUAUCAAUGUGAACCAUGAGUUUGACCUUCUGCACGUGCGCUUUCAUGAACUGGCACAGGCUGUGGACCUUUUUUUGGUGUGUGAGUCCAACUUCACAGCAUAUGGAGAGCGGAGGCCUCUGCGUUUCCUGCAUCUGCUGCUAAAUGGCACCUAUGACUACAUUCGCCACAAGAUUCUCUAUGUCUUCCUGGACCACUUUCCAGAGGGUGGACGACAGGACGGUUGGAUUGCUGACGACUAUUUGCGCACUUUCUUGACACGUAACGGAAUGUCCCGGGUGGUGGGUGCACGACCCGACGACGUCUUUCUCAUCAACGACGCCGACGAAAUACCAGCACAUGAGGGAGUCCUCUUCCUCAAGCUCUUUGAUGGUUGGACAGAACCCUUUGCCAUACACAUGAGGAAGUCCCUUUAUGGAUUCUUCUGGAAACAGUUGGGUUCUCUGGAGGUGGUAUCUGGUUGCACGGUAGGGAUGCUGCGAGAUGUUUAUGACGACGACGGCAUUCGGCUUCGUCGUCGCGAAUACUAUACUAUGCCAGGGUUCCGAAAAUAUGAAAAUGACACGGGCCAUAUCCUUGUCCAGUGGUCUCUGGGCAGCCCCUUCCACUUUGCUGGUUGGCAUUGCUCUUGGUGCUUUACGCCCGAGGGCAUUCACUUCAAGCUUAUAUCUGCCCAGAAUGGGGAUUUCCCACGAUGGGGAGACUACGAGGACAAACGGGACCUCAAUUACAUCAGAGAGUUGAUUCGGACUGGGGGCUGGUUUGAUGGUUCAUUGCAGGAGUAUCCACCCUCAGACCCCAAGGAACACAUGUAUGCUCCCAAAUACAUGUUGGACCAUUAUGAGCGUUAUCAGUAUCUGCUGGAGAACCCUUAUGCCAAGCCGUCCAAGCUAACUGGAGGAUAAUAAACACUUGAGAGGUGUUCCGGAGAUGGUCUAAAGGGUAAAGAGGGAACGAUUUCCAGGAAUGUGCGAUUUGGGGGG